AUGUCAAGCAGCGAUCGACAGCAUAAUGACGAAGAAUCGCAUCGAAUGAACUUUGCAGUUCCAAUACCGCAUGCGCCCAUGUCGUCGUCUCCGUUGGCAGCGUUGGCAUGGUCCCUAUCACCACCUGUAGCAUUUAACGCAACGCAACACCGAGACAGCUUUGGUCGCCGACAAGAGUUAGAGAGCGCAUUCUAUCGCGAUCUAUUCUGUUGUAACAAGCGCAUUCACAACUUGCACCACUUGCUAUUGCAUUAUGAAAAGCACCACCAUCCGCAGUCGCAGCAGCCCAUGGACGAGGACAAUUCGGGUAGUGUUGCUGCGGACCAACAAGACGCCAUGGAUAUUGAAUCCGUUGUAUCAUCACAACAACAACAACAACAGCACCCACAGCAGCAGCAACUACAACCACCAAUACAACAGCAGCAGCCAGACAUUGUCACCACUACAGACAACACGUUCGCACCAAUCAUACCGGGGACCGAAGACGCUUCAGAAGAGUUGCUAUUGUUUCGCAACACUGGCAGCGACAUGCAGUUGUUCCAUGCCGACUAUAGUGCGGUUGACAAGCCAUAUAAAUGCACUGUACCAGGCUGUCUCAAGUCAUACAAAAAUGCAAAUGGGCUGAAAUAUCAUCGGGAGCACGGGCAUUUGAAUGAUGAAAACGAUGACGAUCGACCGUUUCGAUGCACUAUUGGAACGUGCCAUAAGCGCUACAAGCAACUGAGCGGGCUCAAGUACCAUAUCACUCACGCACACAUGGCUCCACAGCCUGCAUUUGCUGCGCACUUUUCUGCCUUACAGCAUCCUGCCGAUCCGUUCUCUUGA